AUGGGAAAUGAAUCAUCGAAGAAACACGGCAGUGAGUCAGCAAAUUUGGUGGCGGGACCGAAAAAGAAAGGAGUGGGGUUGAAUUUUAAAAGUAGCCUCACAAGUGGAAUGAUACUGAAGCACAUUAAUAACGCCCAGAAGAGCAGAAUUCUACAAUUACGAGACUGCAGUUUGAAACACAUGCCAGAGCAGUUGUUGGAGGUCAAUGAAAUACUCAGGAACCUCGAUCUUUCACAGAAUCGAAUUCGAUCUUUGCCUUCUUCCAUAGGCACGUUCUCAAACCUCAAACAACUCCAUUUCUCAGCUAAUGAACUGACUUUUGUACCGGACGACAUUGGACUGCUGAAAAGACUUGAGGUUUUGAGUCUUGAUAACAACCAGCUAUUCUCACUUCCUGAUGGUUUUGUUGGGCUUUCGAACCUUACAAGUUUAAAGCUGUCACGUAACAAGUUCGAAGAGUUCCCCAAAGUUCUUUGUCAUUUGGCAUCCCUGGAUAAUCUGGAUAUGUCGUCCAAUCUAAUUGAACAACUCCCCGAUGAGGUUAAAGAGCUGCAAGUCUCUGAACUUAAUUUAAACCAGAAUCGGCUGAAUUCACUUAAUGUGAACCUGACUUUUUGUCGGAGGCUGAGAACACUGCGUGUUGAGGAGAACUGUUUAAAGAAAACUGAUUUUUCGCAGGAAUUCCUGGUGAAUUCUAAUGUAAGUUUAAUUGCUUAUGCUGGGAAUCUUUUCCAAGACAAAGAUUUUCAAGACCGCCCAGGUUACGAGGAGUACCAGAGUAGAUAUACAGCUACCAAAAGAAAGAUGUAA